UAUUACAGAGAAAUUGGGCGUUUAUUUAGCACAGUAACCGAAAGGUACGAAAGCAUUCAUCUCAGACAGCCCUGCGCUUGCCAUAUAGUUUCCCCGCCUAAACAAUUUCUCUGGCAAUCUCAUCUUUCUCCUCUUGGUUGGAUUCAGUCAAAUCUCGUUGUUUCUCAAAUGGGUCUCACGCGAUUUCUCAAUUUCCUACAAAAAGCAUCCAAAACACCCACCAAUCACUUCCCUAAUAUUUCUUGUUCACCAACAACUCAAACUGUUCCUCUUAGAUCGUAUGCCUCUACUUCUCUCGUCGCAAUAAAAAACCCAUUUGAGGCCAAUGACAAGAUGCUAGAUGUUGUUGUAAGCGACGGAGUUCUUGAAGACGCUGAAAGGAUUUGUAAAAUACUAUCAAAAAGCUCUGGCUCUUCUGUAGAGGCCUCCCUCGCUCGGGCUUCGAUUGAGGUGUCUCCAGUGCUGGUUGCGGAGGUCUUGAAGAAGCUGGGCAAUGCGGGUGCUGUUGCACUAUCUUUCUUCAAGUGGGCUGAGAAGCAAAAGGGGUUUAAGCAUAGUACGGAGAGUUAUAAUGCUUUGAUUGAGGCUCUGGGUAAGAUAAAACAGUUCAAGCUGAUAUGGGAUUUGGUGAGUGACAUGAAGCGUAAAGGGCAGUUGAAUAAAGAGACUUUUGCAUUGAUUGUGCGGAGAUAUGCGAGAGCGAGGAAGGUUAAAGAAGCCAUAGAGGCCUUUGAGAAGAUGGAGAAGUUUGGAGUGAAGUUGGAAGCGUCGGAUUACAAUCGAUUGAUUGAUACUUUGAGCAAGUCAAGACAUGCAGGUAAAGCCCAAGAGGUGUUUGAUAAAAUGAAGAAGAGAAGGUUCACCCCGGAUAUCAAGUCGUACACAAUUUUGUUGGAGGGAUGGGGUCAAGAACAGAAUUUGUUGAGGUUGAAUGAGGUUUAUAGGGAGAUGAGGGAAGAAGGGUUCGAGCCGGAUGUGGUGACUUAUGGUAUAAUUAUCAACGCCCAUUGCAAGGCUAGGAAGUAUGAUGAAGCAAUUGAGUUGUUUCGUGAAAUGGAAGCAAAAAACUGCAAGCCAAGUCCUCAUGUAUUUUGUACAUUGAUUAAUGGAUUGGGUUCCGAGAGGAGAUUAAGUGAAGCAAUCGAGUUUUUUGAACGAUCUAAGGCUUGUGGUUUUGCACCGGAGGCACCCACUUACAAUGCUCUCGUGGGGGCUUACUGUUGGUCGGUGCGGAUGUAUGAUGCGUAUAGGGUGGUUGAUGAGAUGAGAAAAUCUGGAGUUGGUCCAAAUUCUCGAACAUAUGAUAUAGUUUUACAUCACUUGAUAAAGGCUCGCAGAACCAAAGAAGCCUUCACAAUUUUCCAGAGAAUGAGUAGCGAACCUGGCUGUGAAUCAACCGUGAGUACAUAUGAGAUCAUUGUUAGGAUGUUCUGUAAGGAGGAGCGAGUGGAUAUGGCAAUAAGGGUUUGGGAUCAGAUGAAGACCAAGGGAGUCCUACCUGGAAUGCAUAUGUUCUCUACAUUGAUCAACAGCUUGUGCCGUGAGAACAAAUUAGAUGAUGCUUGCAAAUACUUUGAUGAGAUGUUAGAUGCCGGCAUUCGGCCUCCAGCACAGAUGUUUAGUAAUCUGAAACAAGCUCUUCUUGACGAGGGGAAGAAGGAUACUGUUCUAAUUUUGUCUCAGAAGAUUGAUAAACUACGGAAAACGGCGUUUGUUGGGUGAGGCGUGUUUUUAAUCAAUUUUUGUUCAAAUUUAGUUUUUAAUCUUGCCCAUUUGAACCAAAACUCUGGCUCCGCGGGGGGUUGAGCUAGUAAUUAAGUGGAUUAAUUUCAGUA